GGGAAGCGCCCGCCUUCUACGCGUCUCUGUUGCCGUAGUAACUAGCUGCGAUCCUGUGAAGAGCGGAAGUGGAGCUUCCCGCCAAGUGUUGGCCUGAGUGAAGCGCGGAGAGUUUGACUGAGGCAUGGCGGAUAUUUUCGAAGGGCCUCGGCCUCGCAUAGCCACCAGUCAAUUGGCGCAGCACAUCGGGAAACCCGUCUGUUUUGUGGGGCGGGUGGAAAAGAUCCACGCAUCUGGGAAGUAUUUCUUUCUGUCAGAUGGAGAUGGAAAAAAUGCAACUAUUGAGCUCAGUGACCCUCUAUCUGAAGAGCUUUCAGGAGUCAUUGAAGUAGUGGGAAGAGUUACAAAUCAAGCAAACAUCUUGUGUAUGUCAUAUACCCAAUUCAGAGAGGAUAAAAGCAUGUUUGAUCUUUCACUAUAUAACGAAGCUCUAAAAAUUAUCCAUGAAUUUUCUGAGUAUUACCCUUUUGGGGCUGAAGCAUGACUGACACUUUCUCUAAUGACAUCAGAAUGGACAAUUCUAUAAUAUUUAAUAUGACAAAAACUGUGGGAAAUAAACUUGCUUAAAAUGUUUUUGGAGCAGUCUGGUGUGCUAACAAUGCAGUAUAGAAACUGUUGGAUUUGGAUUCUUACCAGUGAAUCUAAAUAGAAGUUUAAUCUCGGAGAAACCCAGUUUCCAGUGAAAAGCAAUAUUUCUUGAUAAAUAAACAUCUGACUAUUUUUAAUAGACUAACAUUCAGGUAUAUUGGGGCUCAGGAUAAAAAUAUACAAAAAUACCUAUUAAUUUUA